AUGGUGGAGGGACCUGGAUGUAAGAUUAAAGGCGAAAAAAUCAAAGGAAAACUUCACGGUCAAACCGUCAAGUCUGUCCAUGGAGCUGCUGUCGAUCGGGAAACUAAACAUCACAAAGGUGCAACAACAUCACAAUUUGACAAGUUGAUCAACAGGAAGCUGGAUGGAGUACUAACCCUGGGCAAGGAACUCUUCAUGUUCUUUGGAGAGAUGUGUUUAAGAGUUCACUUUUUAAUGGCUGGAUCUUUCUUGAUCAAUGAUAAGAAGCACGACCAUGAAAGUGGGAGUACAUCAGAACCUCCAAGUUUUGAGGUGGAAUUUUCUACUGAUAAACUUGCUUUUUACAAGUCAGCAGCGGAUAUCAGAUCAACAGAGUCAUGUAGAGAGAGAUACGACAGCCUGAAUGAUGUCGACAUCUGCUCUCCUGUGUUCAAUCAAAAACGUGCUGUUGCUUUGGUAAUUGAACAAAAAGGAAGACAGAUAUGUGAUGUUCUCCUGGACCAAACAAUACUGCCUGGAGUUGGGAAUAUAAUCAAAAACGAGGCUUUGUUUGACAGCGGGGUGAAGCCAGACUCUAAGGUAGAGGAACUGUCAGGAGAUCAUGUGUCACACCUAGUAAAAAUGACAAGAGAUUUCUCUAUGAUAUUUCUAAAGUGUAGAAGACAGGGAACAAAUCUUGGGAAAUUCCUGAAGAUUUACAACAAAGUGAAAUGUACACAAUGUGAUGGCAAGGUUGUGAGAUGUCGCCAAGGUGAUGAUUCUUCGAGGAUGACUUACUUCUGUGAGAAUUGUCAGGACAAUGACCUUGUACGGAAGAAAGAAAGAAUAUUACCUAAGAAGAACUCCUUGCUGGGUUGGGUCACAUCUGGUCAAGCUUCAGCCAUAAGUGACCAAAAAUGGGCCUGUGGGAUGUGUACCUUCAUUAACGGUCCAAGUCAACUCAAUUGUGAGAUGUGUUUCACAACCAGGACAAGUGUCCAGCAGUCAGGCCCAUCCUCAUCUUUCUUAGCAAGAACAUUGUCAGAGACAAGAUUUAGAGGGAAAUCACAGUUAGAUCGAACACCAGAAAGCUUUGACAUUGAAAAGCCUGCAAAACGAAGAAAAGUCGAGGACACUAAAGGAGACAGUAGAAUUCCAUGUUGUCCUGGGCACAAUAAGAAAUGUGCCUUGAGAGAGGUGUUUAAAAAGGGAGAUAACUAUGGACGCUGGUUUUUUUCAUGCUCUACAAGGGGACAACAACAAUGCAAAUAUUUCCAAUGGGCUGAUGACCUCUUCCCAUUGUGUGAAGCUCACGGAAAACCGUGUACUUUACGAACAGUUUUGAAACAAGGACCUAACAAUGGAAGACAGUUUUUUGUGUGUGCUGUGUCGAAGAAAAACAGCAAAGUAAAGUGUGGCACAUUUGAAUGGGCCGUUGGAUUUGAUAAGUCACGAGAGACAAAGUCUCAUGAUGACCUAUUGCGAUCACCUUGA